AGAAUUCGCUUCAGUACUAAACAUAGCGACAAAUCGUUUCAUUAUAAAUCGGUCUGCAGAGCAGAAUUUAGUUUGUUAAUAGAUCGACGAUCGCAACGACGAUCAGCGUUAGCGAAACGACAUAUGCGACCAUUUGCUAGUUAUGAAUUAAUGUACGAUACAAACAACCACGUUCUUCUCAUUCUUUAAAUCUGAAUCUAUGCAAUAGUCUAUUUAUUCUAUGUAUGGACGCGGCAAUUUAAAUUAAAAGUUAAAAACAAGCAUUUGGAGUUACAAUAUUGAGAAAAGAAUAGCAACGAAUCUUAUUGAAAAGAGAAUUAUCAUUGAAAAAAAUGGCUACUCAUUCGAGUAAAUUACACAGAAAUGUAUUAACUAUGCCUAAAUGGGUGACAGAAGCCAACGAUCGCAUUGGACCUAAACCACCACCACCGCCACCAUUGACUGAUGAUCCAAUCAAGGCGCCAGCACUACCACCAAAAUUUAAAAACCAACCCGAACCAGAUUACGAAGUAAUAGAGUUUUCAGGGCAACAGUAUUCAAAUGAACCAAUGAAAGGUGCAAAUAAUUCACGACCUCGAAGCACGGAUACAAAGCUCAAGUGCACGCUUUGUGGUUCAAGCAACCCAUGGGUCACCUGUGAAGAAUGCGCUCAACAAAUAUUUUGCGCUACAUGCGAUGAUAUGUUCCAUAAACAUCCAAAACGUAAAACACACGUACGCAAGACCAUAGAACAGUCUCGCCCACCAAUACCACCCAAAAUGCUACCUGGUCAGCCAGGACCAACUCCUCCGAUUGCGCCACCUAGACGCUCUAAACGUGGCAUGAUGACGCCGUUGUUACAACGCAAGGAUCAGGUUGACAACAAAAUUAUACCUAUACCACCAUCGCCCACACCUUCUCUGAAGAAUAGCGCCUGGCACGAGAAGGUCGGCUCUUUGAAAAGAGGUCUCAGCUUAAUAAACCGACCAUUACCCGAUACGCCAAAAGCGUCAACUCCCGGUGACGAACCAUCAUCACGCUCAACAACACCAAAAUCGGUAUUCGACAAUAUACAAAGACCGCCUUCGGUAACGCUUGAGAAAAUCAAGAAUAAAGCCAGUGCCACAUUAGAUCGCAUGACGCUGUUACAACAACGCUAUCGACAGCAAAAGGAAGAGCGCGAACGUAAUCCUGGUAGUUUGGGUACAGAACAGAACCUUUCAUUCGAUCAAUGGUCAAACAUUUCACCGUCGCCAUCACAUUUUCGUUUUGGCAGCAUGUCAUCCGAACUAAACUCAUCUCACUUCGAUCUAUCGGAUGAUUCACAUUUUAAUUUGAUCAAUCAGAGGCAGGCGCCACAACAGAUAAAUCCAAAUCGUAAUGCUAAUCUAGGUACCAGAGGAAUGAGCUCAUCUGUAUUCAAUUUGAAUCAAAUAAAUCGAAGGCCCAUCCAAAAUAAUAGUGUUUGGCCGGAUAAUCCAAUGCAACAGGCACAAUCUAUGGCUCAAUUAAACUGCAUAAGUUGCAAUAAUCCACAUGCUAAUUGGCAACCACAUCAUCAUCACCAUCACGCGACAGAUGAAUGGAGUAAUCAACUGAACAUGCAACAACAACUAAAUCGUUCCAAUUUAUCGUUAAAUGUUGGUGCUGGCUAUAUGAUGCCACAUCCAAAUGUCAUGUAUCCACCACCAGUAUUUAUGAAUCAACGAGGUAUGAUGAACAAUGUAUAUCCAUAUCCAUAUCACAGUGGUAUGCCAGUAAUGAAUCCUGGUGUUAUGGCAAUGCCGCCAGCUGCGCGAUCACGUGCUGCUUCUAGGGCUGGUUCCCGUUUACCUUCACCAUCUCUGAGUCGGAAGUCUGUGACACUACGCCGUAAGCGUACUAAUUAUGGGGAUGAUGAGUUAACAGAUGAUGAAGACUCCGAUCAAGACGAUCGUCGUUCAUUGAUAUCAAAUAAAUCUGGCAUGACAAACACAACACGAACGCGUCAAAGACGUUUAUCGAGCGCUUCACAAAGCUACUUCGACAAUGAUAGCGAUGUACAUAAUGGUAAAAACAUGCGUAAUAAAAUGCGUGAUCAGAGACGCGGCUCUUUUGCUAAAUCAGUGCAAAAUGAUUGGAUACUUGGUAAAAGAGCAUCUGCAAAUGAGUUGAAAAACAAUACACACAGUCAUGAAUAUCCAAUUAACAAUAAACCAUCCAGAAUAUACUCGGAUCUAGACUCAGAGGGUUCCGCAACACGCGCAUUGGUGCAAGCAAAAAUUCAAGAAAAACUUGAUGCAAAAGAAAAGCAAAAGAAGAAUACACGCAAUUCGAUUGAGUCGACUACAUCAGAUGAUAAACCAUUAAAGAAAUCCAUUGAAGUACAAACACCAGGUCUACAGAAAGUUCCGAAAGAUAAGAACACAUGGUCUGAUGAAGUAACACAUAAAAAAACAAUACCACUUACUAAAAAAGAAGUACAAAAUGCAAAAAUUGAAACAGUAAAACGCAUUGAAACUGAAAGUGAGUCUGCGGUCACAACAGAAAAUGAAGAUGAAAUUGUAGAGGAACCAGUGAUUCAAACAACAGAAAUAGACACUAAAAUGGAGGAAGAGGAAAACUCAUCAGAACAAAUUAAUACCGUUGAUAAGGAGGAGAGUCCAGAACUGGGACCGCCACCAUCAACGCCUGAUCACGAAUGGGAAUGCGAGUUUUGUACAUUCGUCAAUGAGCCAAAUAUCAAAAUAUGUUCAAUAUGUUGUAAAACACCAAGUAAACCACCAGUUCGUAGAACAGAAAAUACAACUGCUAUCGAAGUUAAGACGCAUAUCAAUAAAUCAACUAUUUCAUCUGCGACAAAUUAUACACCUGCAAAAGAAAAGACGCCAGUUGCAAAAACUUCAACUGAAACUAACACCAAUAGAUUGCUUUCCACCAACAAGAUAAGUAACGGCUUAAGCAAACUGAAAAUAACUUCCUCAGAAAAUGAGUCAGAUACAUCAACGACUAAAAAGAAAGAGUCAAUUGAAGAUAUUUGGGCUGCCUUGGAUGAAAACAUUCAAGCAACAGCUGAUCAAGUAAUGCGUUCUGCUGAGAAAAAGAAAGUUACAAAGGUUUCAACCAGUUGUGGUACUUCACCUGUAAGGGAAAUCGGUAAACCAGAAUUUCAAACCGAACGAAAAACUAUUCAAUCCAUUGGAUCAACAGCUACUCAGCAAAAUUCAAGUAUUUCGACUCAAACUUAUGACACGUUACCAUUGAACAGAAUUGACGACACGCCUACUAGAACGGAAAAUGGCAUACAAGUACUGUACAACAAUAACAAUAAUAAAAGUAUGCAGCCACAACCAUUUCAAAUUCCUGAUCGUACAGUACAAAGUCCUAUUGAUCAUUUAGCUUUGGGCAAUUAUGAGCGUAAACAGUCUUUGAGUCGAGAUUUCGCAAACACUGUGUAUACACCAAAUGAACGUGAAAGAUAUCGUAGUUCAGGUGAUCUACGUUAUGGUGAAUCCGCAUUUGGCUUUCCAUCACUGGACCGACAACAUUCGCCAUUUCAUGAACCAUUAUCUAUAGAAAGAUCUCAGUCGCAAAUGCAUUCACCAUUACAUGGAUUUUCUACGGAUCAUUUACAUUAUGAGCCCAAGCCCGCGAGAGAUCCUGAAACGGAGUUAUAUAUACUACUAAAGGAAGCUGAGAUGCACAAAUUCACUUCAGAGGAGUUGCACAUUGCGUUAAAAUAUUGUGGCACAGAUAUACAUCCAGUGCAGUGGUUACGUGAAAAUUGGCUAAAACUUAUUCAAACAGUCCAAAGCCUUUCUACAAAAUAUGGGCAAGAACGUGUAGAAAAUAUUAUCGGUACUAUUUCUCACAAUGAAGCAAGGGAUGCCUUACGUAUGCAUUCGGGAAAUAUUUGGCAGGCAGUCUCCGAAUGUAUUGAGCAACGACAAAAAAAAUAUCGUCAAAUAUCCAGUAAAGGCAAUUAUUCACGUGAAGAUAUUGUCACUGCUCUAACAGUGCAUCAGGGUAACAUGGACUUAGCAUUAAUCGAAUUGAGUAAAACACAAUUGAAACCUUUUUUAAUGCGAAUAUGGGGUUCACCUGGAGGAGUUGAAAAUGAAAGUGCACCAAAUAUGAACUCUCAAUCACCUAUAUAUGAUACCAAUCUUCAGACAUACAAUGAUAAAAUCAAUGCUUCAGAAAUUCAUGAUUUACUUAAUUCAGAUGCCUCCGAAUGCUUUCAAAUACCAACUGCAACUGGUGCAUUCAUGAGAGAUCAUUUAUCCCAAUUGAAUGAUGGCUUUAGUGAUAAUCACCAGUUCAUAACAGAAAACAUAAACAGUUUCAGCACAAACAACAAAGACAGUACAUAUCAGUUAGAAGACACAAGCUCCAAUAAAAGAGUACUUAAGGAUUUGGAAAUGUUAAUUGAAAAUAUGGAGCAAAACCAAGCAAAACAGAAUGAACAAGUGUUACGCUCCAUUGAAGAUAUGUUGGGCACUUUUAUAGGAAAAAAGGAUAGCGAUCUUGAAACUGAUUUAGAAACAAUGCGGAUUCUAAUGAAAAGCCCAAUAAACACGCCCAAAAGUAAGCAAAUGCAAAAAGAGGAAAAAAUUAAAACUGCGAGCGAUGUUAAAAGUUUUGUAUGGCAGCACAUACAAGAAAUAGUACCAAAUCUUGUCCAGCAAGUGGAAAAAGAACUAAUGGAAAAUGACACCAUAGAAAUAAUGGCCACAGAAGACACCGCUGUAUCAGAAAAAGAACAAAACAUACCCACACCGAUUGAUCCUGACGAAUUCUUAACAGAAGAAGUAAUUAAGCCUAAUAUAAAAGAAGCUAAUAUCAUUGAAGAAAUGGCGCAAAGAUUUGUUUAUGUAAGUGAAAUGAUAGCUGAAAGAAAUGAAACUGAGAAUGCUUUCACUUCAUUUCAUGAGGAAGAGUUCGAAGCGGAAACAUUUGCGGAUGCACCUAAAAAUGUCUACAAGGCAUAUUUUGCGAGAAAGGAGUUAGAUGCUGAUAUUGCUGUAAGUAACAGGAAUGACCAGACAACAGAAGCAUUACAGGAAUCUUUGGAAACAGUAGAGCAAAUGGCCGAAAAUAAUAUUCACAAUGAGACACAAUCACAACAAAACCUACAAGAAAAAAUAAGUCAAGCGGAAGCGAGUACAGGCAUGAGGAAUACAACACAAUCAGCAAACGAGUCAUCAACAUCCACGGGAAAUAGUAAAGGAGCGAUUAAGAAGCAAACUGUUAGUAAGAAAAUAAUGCAUUUGCCACUAAAUGUUCCAAAAUAUAAUUCGAAAGGUAAUAGAAAACGCAGAGAUAUGCGAACAAAGAAGUUUAUUGUACUCAAAACUACAGAUAAUCGUGAAGAAGAUGAAAACAGUACUGAUGUUGGUCAUAACACACAACAGGAUACUGAAAAUCUUAAAACAAAUCAUAAUGAUCUUGGUAUCGAUAAUAAGAUACAAGUCGGAAAUGAAGUUCUUAUGACUGUAGAUGAAAGUGGUAAUGAUGCAUCAGAAAUAAACACAAUAAGUACAUCAGUACAAGUUGCUAGCAUACAAUCACAUAAAGAAAAGACACAUACUGACAAUACAGAAGUCCGUAAAAGUAAUGAAAUAGAAGAUACGAAUGGAAGUUUAGUUAACUCUGUUAGUAACAGCACAGAAAUGGAACACGAAACAGCGCGACCCCAUAUAGAAAACGCAAUUGGAUUGCAACAACGGAAUGCACUAAAUAGUACGGAGGAGCUAACAAAUGAUCAAUCUAGUGCAACUACGGAUAAACUGAAUGAAAAUAAAAUACAGAGCAACCAAAACGACAUGUUAUUACAGUCAGUAGAAACAUUAAUAAUAAAGCAAACAAAAGCAACUGAAUUUCCACCUAAUCAGCUAUUAAAUGUCGAGACAACUGUUAAUGCAGAAGUUGUUCUUAAUCCAACGUUUACAACUCAUAAUGCCGAAUCCAGUGAAGAGACAAAUACAACAGUUACAAAGGAAAAGCCAACUGUUGCAAUAAAACGUACUCCCUCUAUUAAAAUAUCUCGUAUUCCGGUACGUAAGAACUUAAGCACUGCAAGUAAUAUUAGCAGCAAAGCAAACGUCACUGCCAGCAAUGAAUCAAUUGACGAAUCUACAAGUAAGCAACCAACAACUCAAGUAAAUGGUGCUAUGAUUGCUCAAGAUGUACAAACUCAGAUUAACAAAACUGCCACUUCAGCUAGCGUAUCGUUGAAAGGUGCUAUUUCAGAAAUUAAUGACGACACUGAUGAUAUAUUUGAAGAUGUUAUGGAAUUAGGUACUGACGAGGAAGCACUACAAAAUGAAAACAUAUUUAGUAAGGAAAAUGAAGAUACUUCUGAUACAGAACUUUAUAGUAUUCACAGUGAGCAAUCUAUGAACAAUGCCACCGAUACACUUAAGUCUGCAGAAUCACCUACUUCGGAAAGUGAGAUGUUUUUACUCUUAGCGAAUGCUUCACAAACAUCAAUAAACUCAACAAAUAUUGAAACUUCCGAAAGUACUACAUUACGAAAUGAAACUUCCAGCAGUACAUCACCAACAGAUUUCAUACUUUCUACUGAUCCUUUGAAACAAAAUCUAUCAGAUUUGGUCGAAAACACACAACGUCUUAUAAAGCAAAUGAAGGAUGAAAUAAAUAUAGAAGAAUUUGAAUCAUCAGGCGAUGAGUACACUGAUGAAUUUACUGACGAAUAUGAUGACGAUGAAACAGAUGAUAUUGAUGAAGAAGAAGCGGAAUAUGAAGAAUAUGUGGAAGAGGAAGAAGAUGCAGAAGAUUGGAACGAAGAUGGUGAAACUGAUGAUGAUGCUGAUGAUGAUGCUGAUGAUGAUAAUGAGUUUAAAGACAACGGGGAGAUACAAGAAGAGAAUGUCAAUGAUUAUACAGACAAAACGAUUGCAGUUACCGAUAUUUUAAGCGAAAAUGCUAAAUCAACAAUUGAAAUAAACAACCAAAACAAUAGUUCGGGUAACAAUUUGGAGAAUGUUAUUGAUAAUAGUUUAACACCAACACAAGAACCAAACGCGCCAACAGCAUAUAUCGAAGAAACUAAUAACAUUGAGAUAACACAAAAUCAUGAGAGCGUCAUAGCAGUUAGCAGUGAUACAUCACCAAUUCAGCCAAACAUUAGUAGUAGUAAUCAUAUAAUGCAUAUACCUGAUCCAUUCCUACCAGAUAAUAAUAGUACAAAUAAUGAAAUCAAUGCUUUAAUACAAAAUGAAAUUCCGCAAAAUACGCUUGAAAAUGAGACUUACAUCACUGCUCAUAGUUUAGAUAGUGCCUUAACUUCCACAAGUUCAUCAGCUGAAGUUCAAAAUCCAUUGCUAGAUCCUAGUUCCCAUAACAGCUUAAAUAACGCCACAAACGGUUUAGCAAAUAUAGAAACAACAAAUUCAAACUCUUUUGCAGUUACAACUAUGGAUAAUACAAAUUCCACUGAGCAGAUUAAAUCACGCGAAAAUGACAACUUGAAUAAUGUUGAAGAUACAAAUGAGAGUAGUUCAAUGGAUAAAGCAACCGAUAAUACAAAUAUUACUGAAACUGCCAGCAGCAGUACACCAGUAGAUAUCGAAGUUUUAACUUCGCGCGAAGAUGUCGUAAAUGACGAAACAAUAACAACAAAACCAGACACUAUGUUCGUUACAAGCACAGAAAUUCAACAACCAAUAGUCUUGUUAAAUGAAAUGGAACUUAAUUUCUUAGCUAAUAUUUCCACAGAAGCUACUACUACUUCAAAUUCAGUGACUAGCACAAUGCUACCACUAGAACCACAUACAACUAAUAGUGCCAACAGUAAUAAAUCCAGUGAGACUAUUAAAACAACAAAUAAACCACAAAGUCCAACCACUACCAAUACAAAACAGAGCACCGCUGCAUCUGCAACAAAAAACUCCACUAAAGUAUCUACUAUUCAGGGUAAAUCAACAACAAUUCCUAGUACUUCAGGCAAUGCAACAAAAACUUCUACUACUGAAGCCAACAUAACAAAUUUAAAAAAAGUUCAAGAUGUAUCUAAAAGUGUACCGGUUAGCAAAAUACCUAAACCAACAGAGAAUAUAAACACUAAAAAGGUUAAUAAGAAAGUACCUCUACGCUCCAAAUCUUUUUCAGGCCCACCAACACCCAUUGGCAUAUCAUCAGUGAAAAAAUUACAACAGGAAUUCCUAAAUAAGCAAACACAACAAUCGAAUGCAGUGCCAGCACCAAAAAAUCCCCCACUUGUCAUACGUAAAAAAUCCAUAACAGAGGCUAUAACGAAAUUUACUAAGCCCACAAACAAUACAAAUCCAGACGGACCCAGCAGUAGUAGUAGCAGUUUACCAUUAUUUCGUUCGAGAACACAACCAAGAAUACCAAAAAAGAAAUAUCAUGAAACAUGUUUCUCGGAUGAUGAUUACGGCACCACAUCCAAUGAAGAGGAAGACAUUCAAAGCCCAUUAAUGUUAGAGCGGAAGCAAAGUGUGCCCGUUUUUCGCACCUAUCCCAAUAUUAUCGUAAAGGAACUAGUGGUCGAUCCUGAGACAUUAGCAAGGAAAUUUGUUUCAGAUAAUUUAGUCACUAGCAUAGCUGAGGCGCAUAUUGCUGCAGCCCUAGUCAAUAUGAAGUUUCAGCAGGACGAUUCUCUAUGGGCAGCGAAGGAAUGCAGUGAUUUAGAUCAAGCCAUCGCUCUACUGCAACAGGAAUGUGAACUCUGUAUGGGGCAAUAUGCUAUGAACGAAAUUGUCUCCAUGUUGAAAUGUACACAUAAGUGUUGCAAAAAUUGUGCCAAAAUGUAUUUUACCGUACAGAUAACAGAUCGCAGUAUAAACGAUUGUAAUUGUCCAUUUUGUAAACUGCCAGAAUUGCAUGAUAAGGGCGAACACGAGGAUGAGAACUUGGAAUACUUUUCCAAUUUGGACAUUUUUUUGAAAAAUAUACUAGACGUCGAAGUACACGAGCUCUUCCAACGUAAGCUUAGAGACAGAACCUUAUUGCAAGAUCCGAAUUUUAGAUGGUGUAUACAAUGCUCAUCUGGUUUCUUUGCUAGACCAAAGCAAAAACGUCUCAUAUGUCCGGACUGCGGAUCAGUCACAUGUAGUCAAUGUAGAAAGCCAUGGGAGAAACAACAUGAAGGUAUUUCAUGUGAAAAGUUCUUAGAUUGGAAAAAAGACAAUGAUCCAGAAAUACAGGCGCAAGGUGUACAAGAGCAUUUGUCCAAAAAUGGCAUAGAUUGUCCAAAAUGCAAAUUUAGAUAUUCACUUGCACGCGGCGGUUGUAUGCAUUUUACUUGUACCCAGUGUAAGUUCGAAUUUUGCUAUGGUUGCGCUAAGCCCUUCAUGAUGGGUGCCAAAUGUAAUAUAUCACCUUAUUGUUCUAAAUUGGGCUUACACGCACAUCAUCCACGAAAUUGUCUAUUUUAUUUGCGAGACAAACUGCCGCUUCAACUACAAUUUCUUCUAAAACAAAACAAUAUCGUAUUUGAAGUGGAUCCAUUGGAUAAUGAGACAGACAAUGGUGCGUCUAAUAGUGCUACUAAGGAACCAGUACAUUGUCCAGUGCAAGUACAAAAAGAGACACCACAAGGUCUCGUCGAUACAGUAUGCAAUAGCGAUGUCCCUGAAAAUCACGCUGGCAUGUGCCGAACACAUUAUGUAGAAUACCUAACGGCAAAAGUGGCCAAAGCACGAAUUGAUCCAUUACCCAUCUUUGAUUUAACCGAUUGUGUACAAGAAUUACGUAGACGCGGCUUAGCGUUGCCAGAUCGAGGUCCUUGGGAUACUGAUGAAAUAUACAAAAAUAUGUGUUCUGAGGUUAUAAAAGCUAAUAUUCCAUUGGAAACGGAGUAACUGUCAUAAAUAAUUUAAUAUUUUUUAAUCGAAAUUAUGUGUAAUAAAAAUUUAGUUUUCCACUA